AUGCCUGCUAUUCUAGUUGCCUCCAAGAUGAAGUCGGGAUUGCCCAAACCUGUACAUGGUACUGCACUACCAAAUCCAGCCAGGGCAGCAACACACCAGAAUGGACCCCUGAAGCCCAUGCACUCCAGCCUCAUACCACUGAAGUGUACAGUCUACAGGCAGCAAAUUCAAGGCAAUGCAACUACGCAGAAGAAGUACCAGACAACCAAAGAAACAGGAGACCCUCAGAUUUACACUGAUUGGGCCAACCACUACCUCGCCAAGUCUGGACACAAGCGCCUGAUUAAAGACCUGCAACAGGAUGUUGCCGAUGGCGUUUUGUUGGCAGAAAUCAUUCAGGUUGUAGCUAACGAGAAGAUUGGAGAUAUCAAUGGAUUCCCUGAGAGCCGCUCUCAAAUGAUCGAAAACAUUGAUGCUUGCCUAGGCUUUCUGGCUGCUAAAGGGGUGAACAUAAAGGGACUUUGUGCUGAAGAGAUCCGCAAUGGCAAUCUGAAAGCCAUUUUAGGACUAUUCUUCAGUUUGUCCCGCUACAAGCAGCAGCUGCAGACAUUCAGACAGGACUCCGGCAAUGCACAGACACUCCAGAACAACCAGACCCACCGAUGUGCCAGCCCUGCCCUGCCUCCUCACACCUCUCCUGGCCACUCUCCCCAUGGCUCUCCUUGUCCAUCUCCCAUUCACCAGCAAUAUACCACCUACCUGUGUGUACAAAAACCACAGGCUGACCUGCAGUCCAGUUUCCCAUCCAAAGGCUCCAAUCAGAAAAAAGCUACAAAACUCUCAGUUGCUCAGAAAAAUAACUCUAGGCUUCCGAGCCCCUCUGUGAAGGCAGGUGGAGCGGGCGGAGAGAGUAAACCUCGAAUCUGCAACAACACCAGCAGACACAGCCAGAGCUUCAACCAGUGUGACAGACUGAAACCUGCAACAUCUGCCUGUCCUGAUGAGAGAGAGAAAAUAACACCAUGCCCCAUAAUGGUUGAACAUGGACCUAUCAGUUCCUCCAUUCCUCCACCCACUAGCACCAGCAGCAGCACCACAACUACCACCUCUAAACCUUGGAGAAGCAUGUCGCUCAGCGCUAAACACACUGCCACCUCCUCCAUGGUCACUGAUAAACAAUCACCCUCAACUUCUCUUGAGGUUCCUCUAAAGGUGAUUGCCCAGAAGUCCAUGCUGGAGAAGCUGAAGCUCUUCAACAGUAAACCAGGCUCCAAAACCUCCAAGGCAACCUGUACGGAAGAGCUGGAAGCUCUGGAACGAGUGGAAGACCAAGUUAAGAUCCCCAUCCACCCUGAGGCUCACCCUGGAACCCAGCAGCCAGUAACCCCCAGCGGUUCCGGUAGCUCCAGUCCUAAGCUAGCGCUGAAGGGCAUUGCUCAGUUGACAAUUGGUAGGGCUUUGGCACCCAAAAUAACCUUAGCAAAAGCAGAAAAAGACAAAGUCAAAGACAAGUCAAAACCUAAAGGGAAAGACAAGCUCGAAAAACAAGUUACAGAAUUAGAUCAUACUAGAGGAGACAUCAAAACUGAGGGACAUGCUGUACCCAAAUCUAAGAAUUACAUUCCCAAAGGAAACAAAGGCAGCAACAGUGCAAAGAAAGAUAACACCAAAUCGGCCAUGAGUGGCAUACCCAAACCAAGCCAGGCAGGGAAGGGUUCAGCUAUAAGUAAGACUAUUGUGGCCCCUACUUGUGGUGCAGAAGGAGAACGGUUACGGAAUGGAAAGGUAGGAGGUUUGUCCGUGCAUAAGGGGCAGAAGGACAACAGACACUCCAGCUCUACAUCUAGUUUGGUGUCAUCAGAAGGAAAAAGUAACCAAGACCCUGCUAUUGGUGCUCAGACCCAAUCAACUGCCAGCAGUACAGUCAGUGUGCAACUUCCACAGCUCCAGCAACAAUACAACCGUCCCAACACAGCCACAGUCGCUCCGUUCAUGUACAGGUCUCAAACGGAAAUUGAUAAGAUGGGGCUAAUGGCAGGAACAGACAAAAGGAGAGAAAGAACAGGCCUAUGCAGCAAAUCCAUCCAUACUUCUCUGGAGAACCUAACAGGUGAAGAUUCAGAUGCAAAGAGAUUGCGUACUGCAAAAAACAUCGCUGAUCUGAGGCAAAACCUAGAAGAAACCAUGUCCAGCCUACGGGGGACAACUCAUUUUAGUCACAGUACCCUGGAAACAACCUUUGACAGCACCAUAACCACAGAGAUCAAUGGGAGGGCCUUGCUUGCCCUUAGUCCACGCCCAUCUUCUGCAUUGCCGUGGCGUCUGGGCUCGUCUAGCCCUCGCCUGCAAGCUGGUGAUGCCCCCUCCUCAGGAAAAACAUUCAUGCACCAUGGCAGUGGCUGCGGAUGGCACACAAACAGAUAUCAGACCUGCACACCCAACCUCUGUGGCCUUGAACUCCCUGACAAGGUAGAGGAGCUGGAGAGUGUUCCCAUGGAAAAGCCAGGGUAUAUGAGUGAUGGAGACGUCCUGGGCAAAUCCAUGAGAAUGGAUUGUGUCACUACUGGCUAUUUGACAGACGGAGGGCUGAACGUUUACUCCAGGAGGGUUAACCGGGUCUCGGAGGGAAUGAGUGCCAUAAGAGGGACCGUACACCACCUCAAUCCCAAGAGUCAAGAUGACACUGAAAGUUGGGACGACAGCAGUUCAGUCAGCAGUGGGAUCAGUGACACCUUGGACACAGAUGACCUCAACACCAGCUCAUCCCUUAGCUCCUAUGUCAACACCCCAUCAGUCCCACACCAGGACGUGGAUGAACAGAUCCAGACGGAUACAGAGAAACACUGUGCUGUGAAAAAUAACCCCAAUUGGUACAACAACGACGUUAAACAUUCAGAAGGGUUCCCUGACAGUGGCAUUAAAAUGGACACCUCAUCAAAGUGGAUUCACCGGUCUUUGGUUUUAUCUGAUGAAUCAGAACAAAGCUUGACAGGACGCAAGACGCCAACCAUCUCCCAGACAGGUUCUUGGAGGCGGGGCACCUCCCCAAGGACCAAGGCUACCAUACCUACAAACUGUAGCUCACUGAAGUCACAUGGUAAGACCGAUGACGCCAAGGUGUCAGAGAAAGGACGGCUCUCCCCUCGUUCCAACAGCAACCCCCGUUUCCCUUUGGAACGGCAAAUGAGUGUUGAUGAGACCAAGAAACUUUCCUCCAAUUCUACUGUGCGCAUACCAACCAGCACUUUUGGUUUCAAGAAGGUCCCAGGUUCCAUGGUGACUAUAACCGCAAGUGGCGCUGUGAUAACUAGUGGCUCAGCUACAGUGGGCAAGAUACCAAAAUCAGUUGGAAUUUCUGGGAGGCGAAUUGUGGGUCGGAAUACGAGUGUGGAUGAUGGAUAUCUUCCACAGGGUGCCCGGAACACUCUUCAGUAUCGCAGUUUGCCUAGGCCUAGUCGUGGCAACAGUAGUACCAGCGCUGCUCGUUGUUCUAACCGCUCCAACAGCUCUAUCCUUGAUCCUAAUAUUUGCAGCAAGGGCACUGCCACACUACCCAAUCCUAAGAGUCGCAAACUAGUCAAGUCCCCAAUAGGGUCCAACCAGACGGACCGAGAGAAGGGUGUCUUCUCAGAUGUGGAGAGCAAAGCAUUAGGGCAGGCACCUAAGGCUUGCACAGCUAUUCAGAGAGGGAUGCCAAUGCAGUGCCAAGCUGGAAGGCAAGAAGGAGGAAAGCAUUCCGAAAUGUCCUCGCCAACCCUGCACAGACUGUUUGGUGGCAAAUCUGGUAGCAAGCAAGGUCCAGUCACCACCAUGGAUAAAAUGAAAAACUCCUCCAUCAUCUCAAAUCCCCAUGCCACCUCCAUCCAGCAAAGUGGUGCUCUGGGCACACCAUCUGUCACCAGCGAGGGCACCAGUCCACUUUACAGUGACAGUCUAACACUGCCCUCUGGGGAUAACGUGGAGCAGGCCCUUACCUCUGUGGCCUCCAGACCAGGAUCUGCUUUCUCACCUUGGGUAGGAAGGGAUGGAGUAGGCCAUCUCUCCCAAAGCUCCAUCCACACCAGUAGUGACUCCAUAGAUGUUUCCCUGGGAAAGGAGGAUACACAUUCAGCAUGUGUUAAUCGGGCUAAUGGUACCCGAACUGGCUUCUCAGACAGCCCUAUGUCUUCCCCCUCUGCUAGCCCUAAAUUAACCCACAACACAUUGCCACGGAAGCAGGACAGGUAUGCCCAUGUGCCUCAGAUCAGAGGUCACGAGGAGACCCAUGAUUGGCUACGUUCCCCAUCUGCUUUUGGGCUCCCAAACUUGACUGGCUCCUCCCCUUUUACCCCUGCCUCUGCACUCAGCUCGCCCUCUGGUACACGGCUCAACUUUGCCACACUUGGCAGUCCCACCUCAGGUUUGCAGAUUCAUCUGACCACUCUGCGUGGCACCAAUGGUCAGGGCAAUCACGAAAGCCCAUAUGACCCCUACAGUGACCCACGUCUGCGGAACUCCUCGAUGAGCCUGGAAGAGAAGAGUCGCACCAUGAGCAGCUCCGGAUCGUUCCGUGAGGGUCUAGAGGAAGUUCAUGGCUCAUCUUUGUCUCUGGUAUCCAGCACGUCCUCAGUUUACUCAACGCCAGAGGAAAAGGCUCAUACGGAGAUUCGUAAGCUGCGGAGAGAACUGGACACAUCUCAAGAGAAAGUCUCAGCUCUCACAACACAGCUAAGUGCAAACGCUCACCUUGUGGCAGCUUUUGAACAAAGCUUAGGAAACAUGACCAUCCGGCUGCAGAGCCUGACAACGACAGCUGAACAGAAGGACACAGAGCUGAAUGAGUUGAGGAAAACCAUUGAGCUCCUUAAAAAGCAGAACACUGUAACUCAAGCCACCAUCAAUGGAGCCAUUAAGAUGCCAGACCCAAAUCGCAAAGUCUCUCUAGACUCCAUUAACGGGUCGCCUCAGUCCCAGCAAGAUUUGCGGAUCCACAGGCAGCCCUCCUCAGACAGUGUCUCCAGCAUGACCAGCGCCACCAGCCACUCAAGCAUUGGCAGCAACCUAGAGCUUGACGCUAAGAACAAUAAGAAGAAGAAAAACUGGGUGAAUGAACUGCGGAGCUCCUUUAAACAGGCUUUCGGAAAGAAAAAGUCUCCCAAAUCGUCCUCCUCUCACUCUGACAUUGAGGAGGUUACGGACUCCUCUCUGCCGUCUUCACCCAAACUGCCCUAUAACGGCUCAACGGCCUCCUCUCCCAUGAUACACAACUCACACUCUAACUCCCUUCCUCAACUGUCCUCCCUGCCUGCACACGGGCGUGGCUGGGGCUGUAGCAGCACGUCCAUGAGGUCUGCCUCUCUAGCACGGACAUCCGAAUGCACGGACAAUGAGGCAGAAACUCUCAUGCAUUUACGCAGUGAACUGCGUGAUAAAGAAAUGAAAUUGACAGACAUCAGGUUGGAAGCUCUCAGCUCUGCCCACCAACUGGACCAGCUGCGAGAGUCCAUGAAUCGUAUGCAAAUUGAGAUUGAGAGACUGAAAGUGGAGAAUGACCGAUUAAAGAUGGAGAGCCAGGGUAGCAGUAGCAGAGCUCCUUCUCAGAUGUCCAUCUCCCCUUCAUCUGUAGGACUCUCCUCUCAACUGAGCCUCACAGAAUCCACCAGCCUAGAUAUGUUGUUGGAGGACAGUGGAGAUGGAAGUUCCUGGAAAGAGGGACAACAUGUUAAAGUUGUGGUGAGUCUGGGGAAAGAUCCAGAAUGGAAAGAGGAGUCCAGACCUUGUCAGUUCUUGCUGGGCUGCAUUGGUGUCAGUGGAAAAACCAAAUGGGAUGUCCUAGAUGGCGUAGUCAGACGCCUUUUUAAGGAAUACAUCAUCUACGUGGACCCUGUAACUCAGUUGGGUUUGAACACCGACAGUGUGAUGGGGUACAGCACUGGAGAUGUUCAUCGCACCAGUGAUGCAGAUACACCAGAACUUCUGCCAUGUGGUUAUCUUGUGGGAGAAAGUGAUACCAUCUCUGUCCAUUUGAAAGACAUGUCCACCGACAGCCAGGACAGUUUGGCAUUUGAGACCCUCAUUCCAAAGCCUGUUUUGCAGCGAUACAUCUCUCAACUUGUGGAGCACAGACAAAUCAUCUUUUCAGGGCCCUCUGGUACAGGGAAGAGCUUUCUGGCUAGCAGACUAGCUGAAUACAUGGUCCUAAAAGAGGGAAAGCAGCUGGAACAUCAAGCCAUCGCCACCUUCAAUGUAGAUAACAAAACGACUAAGGAGCUGAAGCAGUAUUUGUCUAAUCUUGCUGAGCAGUAUAAAAGCAGUGUACAGGCUGUGAACAUGCCAGUGGUGCUCAUUCUAGACAACCUGCACCGUGUCAGUUCACUGGGCGAGAUUUUUAAUGGCCUGCUUAACUGCAAGCACCAUCAGUGUCCUUAUAUCAUUGGAACCAUGAAUCAAAUAACAGCACCCACUCCAAAUCUACAGCUUCAUCAUAAUUUCAGAUGGGUUUUAUUUGCUAAUCAUACUGAACCAGUGAAAGGCUUUCUGGGUCGGUUCCUGCGGCGGAAGCUUCUAGAGACAGAGAUCAGCAGUCGUGUUAGGAAUGGGGAGCUAGUUAAAAUUAUCGAGUGGAUCCCAUGUGUCUGCCAUCAUCUGAACCGCUUUCUGGAAACACACAGCUCUUCUGAUGUCACAAUUGGGCCCCGGCUCUUUCUGUCCUGUCCGAUGGAUGUUGAGGGCUCGAGGGUGUGGUUCACUGACUUAUGGAACUACUCCAUCAUCCCCUAUAUGCUGGAGGCUGUUAAAGAAGGGUUACAGAUAUAUGGGCGUAAGGCAGCAUGGGAGGACCCGGCUAAGUGGGUGAUAGAUAGUUUUCCAUGGGUGGCAGGUCCACAGCAGCACGAAUGGCAUUCUCUACUACGCCUUAGGCCAGAGGACGUGGGGUUCGAUGGAUACUCUCUCUCACAAGAGGGCAGCCCAUGCAAGCAGCCUUCUCAGGACAAAUCAGAGGAAGACCCAUUGAUUAAUAUGUUAAUGAGACUAAAGGAGACGGCUCACUGCACAGGCACUGAGAGCUACGACAGUAACAGUCACCAAGAUGAUAUGCUGGACUCUUCAUUAGAAUCUACACUGUGAACAACACUUUAAAACAUAAAAUAUGAGACUAGGACUUUUUUAAUGGCAUAAUAGGCUUUUGGAUGGAAUUACAGGGUGCUGGUAACCCUGAAAUUCCCUGAAAAUCAAGGUGCUGGUAACCCUGAAAAAUCACACAAGCCCUAAUGAAUCCACAUCAAUUGAAAUUAAAGUAAUCUUUUCCCCCAAAAAGCAUUUUUUUUUUAAAUAACUGUGCAUCUUUUUAUGAGAGCUCAACAUUCCAAAACAUCUGAGAGCUUGAGAAUUAAAAGGGUUAGUUCACCCCAAAAAUUAAAGUUGUCAUAAUUUACUCACCCUCAUGCUGUUCCAAACCCACAUGGCUUGCUUUCAUGGAGCACUAAAUGAGAAGUGUGGCAAAAUGUUAGCCUCAGUCUUUCACUUUUCACUUUUAUUGCAUCUUUUUUUCAUAUAUGGAAAGUGAAUGGUGACUGAAGAUAACAUUAUGCCUAACAUCUCCUUUUGUGUUAGAAAGAAAGUCAUGUAUGUUUGGAACAACAUGAGGAGGAGUAAAUUAUAACAGAAUUUUCAUUUUUGAGUGAACUAUCUUUUAAGUGUCUUUUCUGAAAUUGACACUAGAUGGCAGUAUAACUUGUUCUAUAAGGAGGACUUCACCACCUUGUUGAUGAAAUGAUGCAACUCCUUGCAAACCGUUUUAUAACAACAUUUUUAAAAUUCUCAAGUCAAAUUACAGUUCCAGAGUAAAUAAUCUCAAGAACCAAGAUGUAAUGCCACCAAUACUGACAACAAUAUUGAUUUUCCUCAUUUGUUUCAAAGUUUAGAAUUAAAGUUGUCUAUUUCAAAACUUCUGUUAAAACUCAUAUUUCCAGUCUCUCAUGAGUUUCUUCUCACAAACCAUACUCUUUCAGAAAUGGACCUCUAGGGUGACUAAUGCACUAGUAAACAUCUUUGGUGGUGAACUUGAUAACAAUGCCUUACAACUUUGCGAUGUGCUGUAUACCUAACUUGUACUUUUUGUAACUUUCUACAAAUGCAAAUUAGCAAGGACAUUAAAGCCUUCAAAAUGUGCAUGGUCUGUGUGACCUAACAAUGGGAUAUAGUGUAAUAUGAGCUAUAUUGUGGUUACUUUUUUGGAAACAAUAGAGUAAGUGUCGGGAACUUGUUAGUAACUUGCAUAACUUACUGGGUUGUUGGGGAAAGAAUUGAAAAUAUCAACACUAAUUUAAGAGCUUCUUGAAAGUGAGCUCAUUAUGUGCCAAAUCAAUGUUUUGUGCCUCUUUUUAUAUAAUGUCAAAUAUUUAUGGAGAUAUUAACUACAGACAGUAAACUCUCUAUGCAAUGUUGUUACAUACAAAGAAUAUUUUACAUUCAUUAUGUUACACUAUCUGGUAGAAUUUUAAUUAAACACAAACUGGACAUGGCUCUGAGGACUGUCUAUGAUGGUCAGGAUGAAUGAAAACCUUCACAGACAUCGAACAUGUUACACCUUGUAACAACUUGCAUUAUUAUUUUUGCAGUAAAGUGGCAUUAACACAUUCAAAUCAUGUUGAUAUCAGGACAAAUUAAAGCCAAAACUGACUUUUUGUAGAUUUGUAUUCCCAGCCUUUUUCUGAAUAAUUCCAGCUUCCUGACAAGGACAAAUGUAUAAAACGUGAGUGUAUAUUUAGCCAAAAUACUUGUUGAGGGGAGAAAAGACCCUCUAUUGUGUAUAUCAUUUGAGGUUUAUACUGAAGAUCUUUUGGGGGUAUUUAUACAUACAUUCAGAAAGGUCUGGCACAUGGAUCCGUGUAAUGUGCUUUACUCUGAAUUGGGGGUUAGCGUGUCUAGUGGCCCCCUCAGGAGUAUUAAUAUGGCAUACAUUUGCAUGUGGUCCAAAUAGAUUACGGAGCAUUGCUUUUUUGGAUGAGUGCAUUUUCUUCACCCAGAAAAUGAAGAGUUUUCAUGCUUUUACUUGUUUUAUUUUAUGUUUUCUGAAACCUAUUUUGUUAGAAGACCUUCAGUGGCAGAUACCGCCAAAUAAUCUAGCUAUACUUCCAGUACUGCCAAGAUUUUUCUUUUACUUUAAGCAUCUACAUUUGAAAAAGUUUAUACACUGCCUGGCCAAAAAAACAAAAACAAAUAAAAAGUUGCAUACUCUAAUAUUUAGUUGGACCGCCUUAAGCUUUGAUUACAGUGAACAUUCCUGGUGGCAUUGUUUCGACAACCUAUGCAAAGUCACAACAUUUAUUUCCAUCCAGAGUUGCAUUAAUUUUUGGCCGAGAUCUUGUAUUGAUGACAAGAAGAGUCAAACCACUCCGUAAAGUCUUCUCCAGCACAUCCCAAAGACUUUCAAUGGGGUUAAGGUCAGGACUCUGUGGUGGCCAAUUCAUGUGUGAAAAUGAUUCCUCAUCCUCCCUGAACCACUCUUUCACAAUCUGAUCCCAAUGAAUCUUGGCAUUGUCAUCCUGGAAUAUGCAUGUGCCCUCAGGGAAUUAAAAAAAAAAAUCAAUUGAUGGGAUAACCUGGUCAUUCAGUACACUCAGGUAGACAGCUGACUUCAUUUUAUUGCUGCAUAAUGUUGCUGAGCCUUGACCUGACCAAUUGAAGCAACCCCAGAUCAUAACACUGCCUCCAGAGGCUUGUACAGUGGGCACUGUGCAUGACGGGGGCAUCUCUUCAUACGCUUCUCCUCUUACCCUGACGCUUUGGAAUAGGGUAAAUCUGGAUUCAUCAGACCACAUCAGCUCCACAGUCCAAUCUUUAUACUCCUUAACAAACUGAAGUCGUUUUUUACGAUUAGCCUCACUAACAAGUGGCUUUCUUGUGGCCACACAGCUGUUUAGUACCAAUCCUGUAAGUUCUCAUCACAUUGUGCAAGUGGAAAUGCUCGUACUUUCACAAUUAAACAAAGCCAUGAGUUCUACUGUCGAUUUUUUACAAUGUGACUUCAAGUGUUUUAGUGAUCUCCGAUUACCAUCAUUCAAGAUUUUUUUCUGACCACAUUUCUUCUGCAAAGCUGACGGUUCACCACAAUCCUUCCAGGUUUUAACAAUGCAUUGGACAGUUCUUUACCCAGUUCCAGUGAUUUCUUCCUUUGCUUGAUGCAAACCAAUAAUUUGCCCCUUCAGAAACACAGUAACAUAUUUUCCACGACCACGGGAUACGUCUUCCGACAUGGUUGUUUAAGAAAUGAGAAACUACACACUGCAUCAUUUAGGGUUAAAUGAAUUGUUGCCAGCUGAAACAUAUUAAUCACUGCAAUAAUGAUACAGUCAUAGACUCUUAAGUAUCUGCUUAAAUACAAACGGCAACUUUUUUUGGCCAGGCAGUGUGAUGAAUUGAGUUUAAAUGAUAAUAGUGAAAGAACAUAUGGAAAUAGUAUGUGUACUGUUUCCGUUUGAAUUUGCUGGUAAUUUUAGAAAUAUGAAUUUUUAUUUUGUUUGUGUAUAUUUUCAGUUGUAUUAUAUUUUUGUAAAUAUUUUGCUUUUUUGAUGGUUUCUGUAUGCUGUAAAAGAACAUAUUUGAGAUGUUUUAUGUAAAGAGUUUGUUUAGUCAAAAUUUUUGUAAUCGCAUGCGGCCCUUUUUGGAAUAAAUGUGAUCAGUUUCCUAUCCAACUAUCAGCUGCUUUCAGUUAUUCAGUGGUAAAUUGUAAACAGUUGGAGAAAAUAAUAAUUGAAGCACAAGGAAACUAAGUAUGGUGAAAUUUUGAAUUGUUCAUUGAAAAUGUUAAAUGUUGGUGUUAAAACAUUAAUGCUUUAAAUACCACUGCGAUAUUUUCAUGGUUUGGAAUCUAAUAAUGCUGGUCAUCAAAAACUACUGAGAAAUGUGUGAUGCAUUUUGUCUUUGAAUGAUUGCUUUUGUUUAUAUACCACUGCAUAUAUACAUAUACAUGGUUCCAAGACUAAUUGUCUUCUCAUGUGAAUUUCAGAUAUAAUCCUCUGACACAAAUAUAUAUAUUUAUAAAGAUUAUAAUUCAUUUUUGGGCAAAGAUCAAAUCUGAUGUUAGGUUGUAUGUCUGAUCACCUAACUUUAUUUAACCCUCUUAUUGCGUUCAGAAUUUGCAUACACCUUUUGCAUUUGUAGGUCAAUUUUGACCUGGUGAAAAUCUUAUAAAUGAUUUGGUUUUCAUCUAAAAUUAUAUUUUAAGUCAUUAAUACAUUCUUAACUGUUCUUACAUGUAAAAAGAUUGAUAUUUUUUGCAUGUUAACUGACAAAUAUAAAAGUUAUUAAUAUGCCUUUUUUGUUUAGAAAUAAUAAAAUGUAGAAUUUUUUUGAAAAAUUAUAAAAUAUAA